CGUCGGUUAACACGCACAGGUUCACACCCAUCCUCGCCGAUAAUUCUCGCAGCCCGUCGACGUCGCGGGAAACAGAAAGGACGAUCGUCGGGCUACACGGCGUCCAAGUGUCGGUGAAUCGACGGUGGUCGGGCACGUCUAACCUCGUUUCCCCAGUGCGAGACGGAACGUUUAGUGAAUUUCGAAUCGUCAAAGAUAAAAAGUGGUGCGUACUGGGGUGCAUAGGCAGGGUGGCAAUAAUUCGUUGGUUGCUCUUUGCCGAGAUCCUGCGACGAUAAUCGAAUUGGGGAGAAGAAAAGUAGAGGAGAUGAGAUCGAAGGAUCGAGGAAAGACGUUCGCGAACGAUCGUCGAGGUUACGUGUACGCGUGAAAUCGUUGGUGCGAGAUUUCGUUUCCGAUUCUGCGUGCAAUCGGGACGGUCGCAAGUGUCCUUCGAGGAGGGAGGGAAAGAAGAUAAUCCGGACAGGAGUACGAGGACGAGGGGUAGAAAUUGCAUAAGAAUCCUUGGACGCGGCGACGGAGGGUUCCUCAUCGGCGGUGAAACAAGAUAACCUCCGGAGGAUGUGGUACGUUUAAUCGGGAGCACUGGUCGAAGGAAACGAAGGGACUGUCACGAGGAUGGUCGGGGCGUCCUCGAUUCAGAGCAUCCUCGAGGUUUCCGAAUACCGUCAGCGACGAGCCGCCCGCCCGAGGAUGCAACGGACCAGGAUGAUCGAAAGCGUGGAGCGGUGUUCGGCGAAAGCUCUGAUCAAUAAGCCGGGAGGACAUCGGGAGUUCUGAACUCGGUGAAUCGUUCGCGGCUGAGGACAUCGUCACGAGGAUGUAGGGGGGCCCAUGCACACGGGGCCCCGUCGAGGGUUUCCUCCUGGACUCGUCACGCCAGGAAUGGCAAUUCGAAGGUCGUUAGAUAAUACGCGUUUAAGAAACGCUUCCACCCUCGUCGACGCGUGUAAAGGAAGAAACGAUUUGAUCGGAGGAGCAACGUUACGUGUUUAAUAGCUGAUCGUUUCGCGCCAGGACAGGCGUUUGAACCUCUUCGUAUUUUCGGGUUCUGGCUGAAAACACGGAAAACGCAACUUUUGUUUCCCUAACGCGUCGUAUCGUUCCGACGAAAAGAAUGAUCGGAACGGAGAAGCAUCGUGUUCUGUAGCAAAACUCUCGUUAAAGGUGCAUUACUCGUAGUUAGUUUCCGUAAUUUUCGGUCGGUCUGUGUACGCAAGUGGCAGGACUGUCUCAAUAGUCCGUUAGUGAAAUUUGAAAUUCCCGGGGCUAUCGGUCGACAGUUGUGCCCACCAAUUGGGAUAAACCGAGCGGAAACUGUGCGUGAUUCGAAAUAUACGAGCCGACGGGAACGCGAGCCUGAGCACGGAAAACAGUACAGGAUGAAAGAUGCGCGUUUACGUUUAUAGGGAACGUAGGUAUUGUCGGUGAAAAGUAGGUCGCGCGAGGUCGAUAGUACCAUCGAACGGGAAGAUGCGAGAGGAAACGGAAGGAAUGGCACGCGGUAACGACGUUAAUAUCGGCGAAUCGUUUUUUCGGGCGAUGAUGGGGCUGUGAUCGCCCGAGGCAACGUCGCAUCUCCACUUCAGAUCGGGUAGACCACCGUCUACACGUCGAGACCAGCGAAAAUGGUCGAUCUAGGGGGAUACAUUAUCAUACUGAUCAACCACAAUGACAAGAUCAAACUAUAUGGUUCGCCGGCCGACAAUGCGGACGCGUUGGAGGUGGCGGAUGAAAUUUUACAAGUCAAUGGCAGUACGUUGGAAAACGCCAGCCAGUCCGAAGUCAUUCAAUAUAUGUACCAGUGCAUCGAGUCACGAACGAUAUGCCUGCGAGUACGGAGGAGAAGCCGGAACAAGAAAGCAGAGUUGGACGGGUUUAAGGCUGGUCGGGUGCGAGAAGCUUGGGUCAUCGCUGUCGAAAGACAGGCAAAAGAAAGAUUGCAGAGGCUGGCAUUGCACUGGAGGAUUCAGCCUCGCGAUAUCGAAGCGAUUCUACACCAAGAGAUCAACGAGUCAGUGGCAUCCACCAGCGGGUACAGCGCGAACAAAAAUGUGACUGGCAAUCAAAUUACCGUGACGCUUGCGGACAAGGAACCGAACUCGAAUGCCUUUACCGCGAAACUCAGUAACGGUACGAUACCGAAGGGCAUAGGAAAGGACACCAAGGACACACGAGAAGGAAAGGACGCGUUGGACAAGCCCCAAACCUGUCCCGAGGAAACCAAUCUUUUGACGCCGGCGCAAGGCGGAAGAGUCGGGGAACGACGUGCCAGCAGUCCCUUCCAAAAUGGUCAAACAGAAGUUCUGAUCGGGGAGCCAGAGGGCGGGCCAAGGUCGCCGCGGAGCUCGACUUCUUCGGCGGUAAACGACGGCAAUUUCGCGAACCAACCGGACGAACGCGACGAUCAGCAGCCGAUUUGCAGGUCCCGAAUUCGUAGCGCCAGUGGCGUGCCGGACAUACACUCGCAACAGCAGCAGCACCAGCACCAGCAGCAUCAUCAUCACCAGCAGCAUCACCAGCUGCAGGAGAACAACAACGCUAAGAAGCCGCAGGAGGGACUGGGUCCCGAUGAGAUGUGGGCCCCUGGCGGCCUGGGGCCUCACCGGGAGCUACCAGUCGACGUGCCCGACACCCUCCUGCAGAAGGCCUAUCCCAACAAGGUAAAGAACUGCUCUUCCGACUAUAGGAACGAGCUUCGUGGCCCCUGUAGCGACCUAGCUAGCGACCUCGACCUCUCCCUAAACCUUAAAAACGAGACCCUUAAGUCACCGCAAUCACCGCCACCGCCACCGCCACCGCCACGCAUCACCAACGCCGACGAUCGCGCUAGAACCGUCGAGAACACGGACGCGACCGACUCGACCGCUAGGCCACCUUGCGCCAGGAAUGGGCACCAUCGUCAGCCGCCCAUGGUGAAGAUCGAACUGAAGAUCGAGCCGUCGGCGAAUCUCGAGGACGAGGAGGAGCCGAACAAGUCGAAAAAGGACCCAGGCACAGACAACCACCGACGUAGCCCGUCCGUCUUGGGCUCCCCGGAUCUAAAGAAUCCUUUCAAGGGUUUCGAGGAGGAGGAGGACGAGGGAGUGAACGAGGACACGUCGGGUCAGAAGGAGUCCAGCGUGGACGUGGACGUCGAGGAGGAUUAUCCAUUCGCAAAGGAGGACUAUCCGACCAUGCUUAAGACAUGCAGCGACGAUUCGGCCAGUCCCAGAAGCUCAUCCGGUAGGUCGGACAGCACCGCGCCGCUGGACAGUAGUCUGGUGCUAAGGCACGCGAAGAACCGAGGCAAAGACUCGCCUACCUACGACGCUAGACGAAUAGACUUGGGCUCACCGUGUCGACCGGUGAUCCCCGAGAUCAAGGUGGCCCCUCUGUUCGCCAGAACCAGGGACACCACGUCUUUUGACAAUCCAGCGUACGGGCUGGCCGACCUGCAGGAUCUACAGGGCCUGCUGAUGCGAUCGGACGAAGUUUCCGACCUGACCAGGUUGAUCGACGAGCAAUGCGCAAUCCCUAGGCUACCGCGGGACCAAGUCUCCCCUGUUCGUGCCAAGGAGUCGCAUCAGCGGGUCGAACUGCUGCCGUCCGAGUCGUUCACGCCGGUCGGUAAGUCGACCAAGAGCUCGAAGCCACGCCGCCCGACCGACGAACGUGCCAAACUGAAGGCUAAAACUAGAAGCUUGGACGUGGAGGAGCUGAUACGAGCAGGCUCCAACGAAGAUCUCGUGGGCAUCGAGUCGGGGAGCAGUCUCUCCUCGUCCUCGAGACAGCGACCGAAGAAGAAACGACACCAGCAGAUCUCCAGUGGCUACUCGACGCUGAGGAGCGACGCGUCCACCGAACACGAGCACGCGGAGUGUAGUUUUUUGGUGGUCGGCGGCAAAACCUAUCGCGAGGUGGCCGUCGACUGCCCGCCCGAUUUCGUCCCCGUGACCAAGUGCCAUCCCGUCUAUCCUCCGCCGAACAAGACCCCCGGCAACAGCAAGCACAACACCCUCGAACCGAAACGGGAACGUAACGGGACGGUAAACAGAGACUGGGGUCUGACGGCGGGGGGGCGCGGGGACGACGGGACGAUCGCGAUCGCGGCAUCGUCGCCCUGUCUUCCCUCGAACGACCUUAGCCUCGCCAUGCUGGCUAGCGGUAACGAACGCGCUACGGAGACCGUAGCCGCGCGCACGCUAGACAGAAAACACGACUCCUCGAAGAAGGUAAGGUCCAAAGUCAAGAGUUUGUUUCUCGACAGCUUCCUCUCUUUCGUGCAUCACGAGCCAACGCCGCCACGCCAUCGCAAAUUGCUUCACGCUUACAGCACGCAGCAUCUCACGCCUGCUAAUCGCUCGUUGUUCUUGCUAAGCUCCAACUCCGCUCCAGUCCCAGCUCCACGCUCGUUAGUUCGCGAAAUACACACUCGCGGCGCCUCGAACAACGAUCUUGGCUCGACCCGCGCCUCCACCGGCGAUCUUUGUCGCCCCGCGCACGCGCAAGUGCGUUUCUCGUGCCACGUGACCACAGAUUUUGCUGCGACCGAUACCAGCAGCCCCGUUCUCAAAGAUCGUUCGCUCGACGAAAAGCCCCUCGCGUCGAGUAAUUUAUCGCAACGAUUAUCGUUCGUUCAGGAGACCAAUCAGAACUCUCGCAAUUCUCUACGCGAGACAAGCGCGAAAACACGGGGAAAUCAGAGCGACGAAGGGUGGUCCGUUCUCUUGGACGAGUCCCCAAGCGCGCAAAAUCAAAAAAAUACACGACUCUCUCUCGAAUACAAACGUUCCAAAGUUUUGGACGUUGCUAACGAUCUGUCCAAGUGUCGCGACGUGUCGAAGAGCGACUCCGAGCUGUCCUCGUCUCGUUCAGGAUUUCAGUCCUGGGUGUCGGCCUCGAAUUUGACCACCUCUUCCCUGAAUCCGUCGGGAACCCCCGAUUUUUCUUUACACGACUUGAGCCGGGAAACACCAAGAUCAACGAACCCGAGAUCGGACGCUUUGAAGAUAGGUGCGCCCUCUUUGUACCAGGGCCUCGACGAGCUUGUACAGCACCAGGCCGGUCUGAACGGGGUGAAACCUGCCAUCCCCCCCAGAGAUCAAAAGAGGGCACCUGCCAGACCGCCGAAAGAUAAUCUACGUCUGUCCACGCAGAACAAUAAUGUGGAGACCACCGAUAACGCCAACGCCGAGCCUACGCAGCAGCAACUGCAUUCCAUCAGGAAAUACCAGGAGCAACUGCGGAAGCGGAAGGAUGAAGAGGAGAGGCAAGAGAUACUUAAUCGAUCGCUCCGCGGCUCCACGAAGCUCCAGGCGCUGGAAAGUCACGCGACGAGUCUCGCGGGCCAAGAAAAUCCAGCUUACUCCCAAGACGAGGUGACCACCGUCGGUCGGUCGACUCAUGUCGCCGUGAACGCGACGCAGGAAGUAGAGGAGCCUCCCAGGCCACUCACAUACGGAGAGGUCGUUGCAACGUUGGAAAGGCUACAGCUUCAGCUACGCAAUAUUUCCGGUGCCCUGGGGAUCUCUGGUCCUGGCGUGGAAGCGGAACUCGAGGCAGUGCGGACACUUUUGGUGCAAAGUAGAUUUGCGUCAGCCCUGGCCACCCACCAUGCAUUAAAGAACAGGUUGAGAUCCAGCAAGGUGCUAAAACACCACGCUGAAGAUGCCUCUACUUUGGCCCGAGAUUGCGUGGACAUCUUGGAAAAAUGGCAAUCCUCGUCGACGGCAACAGGUGUCGGCGGAGCGGAAACUAUGGCCGCUGUGGAGGAACUGACAAGGAUUCUGACUGGCUACGACAUGGAGGCUCUUCUUCUCUCUCACGACUCGAUCGUUUCGUACGUCGAGGGACUCCAGAGGAAACAGAGCCCCUCGUCCUCGUCGCCGAGCGGACCUCCCAGCCCGACAGCCAGCUGGAGAGGCACUCGAGCCGUUGACAACAUCAAAAUCAUCAGAAUCGAGAAGACAAACGAACCUCUAGGUGCUACUGUUAGAAACGAGGGCGACGCCGUCAUUAUAGGUCGAGUCGUGCGCGGCGGCGCAGCGGAUAAGUCUGGGCUUCUCCACGAAGGUGACGAAGUCCUCGAAGUGAACGGUGUGGAAAUGCGCGGGAAAAGCGUAAACGAGGUCUGCGAUAUUCUGGCUGGCAUGCAGGGUAGUCUAACCUUCCUCGUGCUUCCAGCUCCCACGAGUCACAGGAACAACUUGUCGAAUAGAAGAGAAGAUACUAAUCAGAUACAACACAUACGAGCGCACUUCGACUAUGAUCCCGAGGAAGAUCCAUAUAUUCCUUGUCGGGAACUGGGAGUCGGGUUCCAGAAGGGCGACCUGUUGCAUGUUAUCUCUCAGGAGGACCCGAAUUGGUGGCAGGCGUAUCGGGAGGGCGAAGAGGAUCAAACUCUGGCUGGCCUGAUACCUAGCAAAGCCUUUCAGCAUCAACGGGAGUCGAUGAAACAGACCAUCGCCGGCGACAAGUCGACUGUACGCGGUUCAAAGAAGUCCAGCACGCUGUUGUGCGCUAGAAAGAAUCCGAAAAAGAAGAAACGGAACAAGUUCGGGGCGAAUUACAACGACGACGGCUAUCCUCACUACGCGACAACUGCCAUCGAUGAUUACGACAGUGAGGAGGUGCUGACGUACGAGGAAGUCGCUUUGUACUACCCGAGGGCGGAUCACAAGAGACCGAUCGUUCUGAUCGGACCGCCAAAUAUUGGACGACACGAGCUGAGACAGAGACUAAUGCAAGAUAGCGAGCGUUUUGCGGCGGCCAUUCCUCACACGAGUCGUACCAGAAAAGACUCCGAAGUCGACGGGCAGGACUACCACUUCAUCUCCCGUUCUCAGUUCGAGUCGGAUAUUCUCUGUAGAAAGUUCGUCGAGCACGGCGAGUACGAGAAGGCUUACUACGGAACGUCUGUAGAAGCCAUACGGACCGUCGUGAACUCGGGGAAGAUUUGUGUUCUGAACCUGCACCCGCAAAGCUUGAAGAUCCUCCGAAACUCGGACUUGAAACCGUACGUGGUAUUCGUCGCGCCGCCGAGCUUAGAGAAGUUGCGGCAAAAGAGGAUCAAAAACAACGAGAGCUUCAAGGAGGAGGAGUUAAAGGACAUAAUAGAGAAGGCGAGAGAGAUGGAGGACAAGUACGGGCACCUGUUCGACAUGAUUAUCAUAAACACCGAUACGGAUCGCGCGUAUAAUCAGCUGCUGACAGAAAUCAACUCGCUCGAAAGGGAACCGCAAUGGGUGCCAGCGUCCUGGCUAAUACAGUAAAUCGUAACGAGAAGCAGCCAUAAUAAGUCUGACCCGACGACUACAAGGAUUGGUUCUAUCUGUGGUGCCUGUUAUUACGUUUCGUACACGCGCGCAUCGAAACUCCUUGCCAGGCUGUCGUAUUCCAUGUGCCAGACUGGCUUGGUGUGCAGUCUUCCGUGUUGCAAUCGUCGGUGCCAUCGGAGGUCCUACGAGGAUCGUCGGGACACGGCAACCGUUGAAGCGUUCGCGAAACUCACCCCGUACUCCUGUGUUCCUCGGGAAACCGACCAGGAUCGUCGUCGACCAGCAAAAGGUCGAAUCCUGAGUUCCUCGCGUCCUUUCCUGCUCAGGACUUAAUAUCCGCGUUCAUUUGUACAACGAGCAAGCCGCGAGGAAAGGUCGGUACCAUUUUCCGUCUAAGACGCUAAAGUUUACCCAAAGAUGCGUGAACCUCGAAAAGGAUUCUCGUCCGCCUUCUUUCAGAACUCACCAGGCCUUUCUCCAAGAUCAAAGCGCGUGUUCGUGUGACGUUUUAGAGUCACGAAUGUGGGACAUUUUUUUUUUGUUUUUGCUGCUGUCUCUUACGCAGUUCUUUACACGAAUUCGGGAAUGCAAAUGGCCGAACAAGAUUCCUUAAUCAAUUUGAAUUUUUUGCUCCAAGUCGCGACACUGAUCGAAAAAAUUCGGUCUAAAAAUUUGAUUUGUAAUUCUCGUGUAUUUGAGAUACGAAUCGGGGACCUCUAUUUACUAUCACGUGAACACGCAACUUUAAGCCGAGCCGCGAAAGAUACUGCACCGCGGUAAUCUCAGUCAGCAGGAGCAUUUUCACACACACCCGCGCGCGUAUACACUCACCGAACUUGCUGCUCUUGUAUUUUAACCCUAGAAAGACCAACAGCGUGGAGGGGAGAGGGAUUCGUUGAUCCCACCAAUCAGAAUAUCUUCAAACUAUGCUAUUCUCUCGUAUAAAUUUCACAAUAUUAUUGUUGACACAAGUAUUUAGUGAUCGCUCGAUAAGCAAUGUUAUUUAACGUUUCUAGCCAGCAAUCUGGUCGAUUUCAGAAUAAAAAAUACAAUGUCUUUUUACAAAAUAUGUACAUACAUAACCUUUAAAUAUCUGAAACGCCUUCACAAAAACACAUGCCACCUAAUUACCACUUUAAAACCAUACAACUUUUAUACGUCACAACUUUUCAUGCAACGCAUAAUUUACAAGCUCUUCAAGGGGGGCAUGUCGAAUGCCUCGCAAAUUAUUAACGAAACAAAAUCUACACAAAAAAAAUUAAUAUGUUCUUUUUUCUUCAUAUUAAUUAUAUUAUUUUUGGUCGGAUUAUCAGUAAAGAAUAAAAUUCCCCGUGCCGUUGGUGUUAACCCGUUGGUAAUAAACCCACUAUUGCUCGUAAAAUAUUUGUUGUCAAUAAAUAACGAUGGAUAAUUCAGGUGGAAUUGAGAAGUCCAUCCCCUCUCCCCUCGCGACCUUGAUCUUCUACGAUCCAGUCUUUCUAGGGUUGAUUCAGAACAUUUCACCCGGACUUGGCUAAAUUGUUAACGAGAUUUUAACGUGAUCGCGUUUCCCUCGUAUUUACGUGAUUCGUGCGAAAACGGAACACCAUUAACCUUUCAUCGUUCGCCGUAGGGACUCGUAUUUGUUUAGUGAAGAGAAUCCGUACCUUCAACUU